AUGCUUUCCAAACUGAUCCAAGCUGAUCCAAUUAUAGAUCCCAACUCGGCCCCAAAAUGGUUCCAAAAUGGUUCCAAAAUCGUCUCCAUUUUCGCUCCUCCGCCCAACUCAAUUCAUACUGCUCAUAAUCUUUUGUCAUGCGGCUAG